ACAUACUUAUGUUGCUUGUGAUUCUAUGACCAAUGUGAUUUUACUGGUGUAAUUAGGGUGACCAGAUGUCCCGACAAAUAUUGAGACAGUCCUGAUUCACAGCACAAGCAUUGCUCCUUUUUCCCAAAAAUAAUCAGGAUGCAGCUUUUCUCCAAGUGAUUAGACAGAUGGUAAGUUUUGGUGGCUAAAACGCACUGUAUAUCUGAAUAUAUUUGUAUUACAACAGAAAUACUUGUUCGGUGUGAUAUAUCUGACACAUUAUUUUUCUUUCUCAUAGCCAGAUUUCUGUCUUUAUGCAGCACGCAUUUAUAUUCCACUAAUACCUCUGCCCACCAUUGAAGAAUCUGAACUGUUUCAACAUGUUUUAUAAUUUUCAGGCUUGAUAAAAUGCAUUCACUUAAUGUAAAUAAUGCUGUACUUACGUGCAGCACAUAUUUUCCCUGCAAUAAUUGUUUCUAUGUUUCUUUCUUGUUCUCUUGUUGUAAUGUCUUGUUCUCUUGUUGUCAAUGUCUUUUUGAAAGAGGAAAUUAUGCUGUACUGUAGGACCCUGCUUCUGCUGGCGGUGGCACAUUCCAAGUCUCUCCAGACCGGCGGCAGCGUCUGUGAGAAAGGCUGUGACUGCCAGGGUGAGUUCAGAUUCACCAACUGCUCCGACAUGCUCUUCGCCCGCGUCCCCGGCGACAUCCCCCCUCUCACCGAGCACCUGGACCUGUCCCGGAACCGGCUCUCCCUCCUGCCCGCCGGGGCCUUCCGGGGCCUGCGGCGGCUGAGGGUGCUGCUCCUGAGCGACAACAACAUCAGCCGCGUGGCGGGCGGGGCCUUCGCCUCGCUGGAGGGCCUCCAGAGGCUGGACCUGAGCCGGAACCGCCUCUCCGCCCUGGGGGAGGGCUUCUCCCUGGGCCUGGGCUCCCUGAAGGAGCUGCAGCUGGGGGAGAACCGGCUCACCCGCCUGGACGGCCCCCUGCGCCUGGACGGCCUGCAGAGGCUCGACCUGAGCGCCAACGCCAUCGGCUCCGUCGGGCCCCGGGCCUUCGGCCUCAUGACCUCGCUGCGCCGGCUCUACCUGCGGGACAACCGGCUGGGCUUCCUGGGCGACGGCGUCUUCUCCAUGCUCCGGUCCCUGGAGGUGCUCCACCUGGAGGGCAACCGCAUCGACGGCACCGAGGCCGGGGUCUUCGCCCCCCUCACCGGCCUCGCCCUGCUGGACCUGACGCGCAACCGCCUGACCGCCGUGCGCUUCAAGGCCUUCCUGGGCAUCCGCAGCCACAGCACGCGCGUCCUGCUGGCGGGCAACCCCUGGUCCUGCGACUGCGACCUGCAGAGGGUGUUCGGGAAGCUGCGCGGCGUGCGGCGGCUCUCCCUGGACGACUACGGCGACCUGAGCUGCGCCGAGCCGCCCGAGCUGCGGGGCUACCGGCUCGCCGCGGUGGACGCCGAGCUGUGCGUCGCCGAGACCGUCACCGUGCUCGUCAUCACCGUCACCGUGCUCAUCACCGUGGCGGCCGCCGUCUUCAUGGCCGAGAAAACCAGGAAGAGGCAAAUGGGCGAACGCCCGUCCGAGGACAGCAGCGUGGUCUACCAGUACCAGACCUAGGGGCCACUCUGCAGCAGCGUGGUCUACCAGUACCAGACCUAAGGGCCACUCUGCAGCAGCGUGGUCUACCAGUAUCAGACCUAGGGGCCACUCUGCAGCAGCGUGGUCUACCAGUAUCAGACCUAGGGGCCACUCUGCAGCAGCGUGGUCUACCAGUACCAGACCUAGGGG